AUGUUUCCAUCAGCUAUGAAGAGGGCUUUAUUUCCUUCUUAUCGUUCAUUCUCCACUUCUGCUUCCCGUUUGGGUACUAAAGUCUUCUUUGAUACCUCUAUUAACGGUUCUAACGUUGGUAGAAUUGAAUUUGAAUUGUAUGAUGAGGUUGUUCCAAAGACGGCGGAGAACUUCAGAGCAUUGUGCACAGGUGAAAAAGGUUGGGGCUAUAAGGGUGUUCCUUUUCACAGAAUUAUCCCGCAAUUUAUGUUACAAGGUGGUGACACUGACUUAACCAACGGUUUUGGCGGUAAGUCCAUCUAUGGUAAUAAAUUUGCCGAUGAAAACUUUGUUAAGAAGCAUGAAAAGGCAGGUUUACUCUCUAUGGCUAAUGCCGGUGCAAAUACGAACGGCUCUCAGUUCUUCAUUACCACUGUUCCUUGUCCUUGGUUAGAUGGUAAGCAUGUCGUGUUUGGAGAAGUUACCAAAGGUAUGGAUAUUGUUGAGACUAUUGAAUCUUAUGGAACAGCUUCCGGUAAACCCAGAGCUAAAAUUGUGAUUGAAGAUGCAGGUGAAAUCAAUGAGGUUUGA